AUGCAAAAGCUUUCGAAAUAUGUUUGCCGCAAGGUCACCAUCGGCAAAGAAAAGCGUAACUCUCACAGGGUAAUCGGCACAACCGUAGGGCUCUCCAUAAUUCCUACCUCGACAAAAUGCAUCACGCACACAAAGAGCGGCCCCACCCGAACAGACCGCAAAGCGUAUAGCUUGCUCAGAGAUUACAUGGUGGAAAGAGAUCAUGAAAGUAGACACAAUGGCGCCCUUUACCACCGCAAUGAAAAUAUCGACUUUAUCGAGAGUAGUAGUCCAAGGAGGAGGGAAAUUUUACACCAGCCAAAAAAUGCCAUAGACAUUGUUCAUAUGGACCGGGAGAUAUUCACCUCAGUGAAAAUUGUCCUUUCCCUAAUUGAUAGUAUAAAUACUCGAGUGGUGCAAAAUGGAUUAGUGGCCAGUACACAAAGUGACACCCCUUCAAGCAAAGGGAUCCUGCAAAACCGAGCAAUCAUAAAUGAGAACGAGUACCUCUUCUGUGUAGAAAUGGGAGAAGAUAGCACAGCCGGAAGUGCACAUAUGGGGAGAAAUUCCUGUUCAGAGAAAUUUCCCCCUUGUGAUGAUGAAGAUCUAUCUCAUUUGAAAAGAGAAAUUCAAGGCGUCGAUUUUUUCGCCUUAUCUGCUCUAUUCCGCAUCUACCACAAAAUCGUCAGAAAAAAAUAUGACCCCCAUGAAGGUAACCUUUCCAGAGUACCUUUCCCAUUUAACAGGGUGGAAAAGUUCAUCCUUCAAACAUUAUGUUCUCACAUUGACAGUCUGCUUCAACGAAAGAACAACAAAAAAGGUGACAAACUGGACAACCAUCUAGAAGGAAGUCCAAGCAGCAAGGCUCCGUUCCGUGCAAUAUACUGGGAAAUAUUAAACAUUUUACAAACUCUCACACACAAUAAAGGAGAGUACAUAGGCGCCAUAAAUAGAGUGCUAUAUGCACAGUUUAAAUUUGUGGACAAACACAGGCAUCACUAUAACUAUGCCUUCGUGGUUGCUCUCCUUCCUGUAAUUAAUGAAGUACUCCUAUAUCAGUCAACUGGGUUAGGGUCUCUUCCAACAGUGGGAGGAGACUUCCGUCACCCUUCUUUCUUUACAACCAUAGGGGGGAACCCCCUUCACAUGCAGAAGGAGGCUGUUACGUGGGGAUACAUCGAGGAGAACUACCAAAAUGGAGAGGUGUAUGCGAAGGGCACCGGCUCCCCAAAGGGUGAUGAACAGAGUAAUAAUAUAGACACGACACACAACUGUGGAACGGAUCAACGUUCGGCGGAAGAAAAACAGAGCUGUGCAAAUAUUAUUUGUCCCCCCCCGAAGAGCGUCCAAAAAGAGUUUAUUAACCCCCCUGCGGAUGGCGCGAACUUCUCCUACUUGCAACAGUACAGUAUCACCGUGCUCAGCAUAAUGGCCAAAAAGAUAAAGUACAUGGAACAGAGGAAUCAUGUCCAUGACUUAGGGCUUAUACUCGAGGGUAUCAACACCGUGUUGCAUGUGAAUAGCAGCUUUGGGGGACAGCUCUCCAGCUUGAUAAAUCCAAGGGCAGAAUUCUUAAAGGAUGUCAUGUCGAAGGAUAAGGACCUCCCUACUGGAGUUAGCCAAAAGAUGUACCUCCUUCUCUUUCUCGACUUUAUAUGUAUCUUUUUAAAAAAUGUAAAAUUUGAUUCCAAGUCCAUCCAUAGCAUGACAAAAAAUGGGGAAUCCGUUGGGGACCACUUUCUUAAAAUUCUCUGCCUGUCCAGCAGCAUUAGGCAAAUACUAACUAGUGAGAAAAGGAGUAGUGACAAGGGGAAAAUUCCCUACAACCAUGACCCCUAUGAUGUGUGCACCAAUGAUGUGCCGCUCUAUGCAGACCAAGCCUCGAAACUAAUCAGUCGGGUAAAUAAAAACAUUGGUCUGCUGACCAGCGAGGUAAUUCUAAAUACCCUCAAGUAUUGUUCACCCGCCCGUUUGCAAAGGAGUCAUCAAGUCAACUCCUACAUGGCUUACCUACUCAAUGACGUCUACCUGCAGAGUAACAGCGAAGUGAAAAAAAUCAUUCUUUCGCAUUUCAUGAAGACGAAUGAACCGUCACAUUGGGGGAGUCAACCAGGUAAGAGGCAAAUAUAUUUGGAAUAUAUCACCCUCCACAAUUUUGUGAAAAUCUUCAAAGGGGACAUUAACCAAGCGGAAAGCAAGGACCCAGAAAGGGGAAGCGACAAAUGUGUUGAGAAGAUUUUUCCUUUUUUUCGAACCUUCCUGGAGAAUUGCAUAAAUAUGAAUGUUAUCGAAAAUGACGCCACAGAAGAUGUUUCGCGUGAACACCAGAUGAAGCAAAUCUUACAUGGGCUAAACAAAUUGUGCUACUUCUACGUGCUGUGUAAAAGGCACAUCACGAAUUCCAAUUUCGUGGCACUUGCAAAUUGUAACUUCUACUUUGCAUUUUCGAUAAUUAAUUUGCACAUUGAAAAAUGCCUGAACAGGUCAGAACUUUUUUUCCCCCAUUUUGUCAACAUGUGUGUAGAAAAGAUAUCCGUCAUUGUGGGCACACUGAAAUGUUUCGGCCUACCAGCGGAGGAAGACUUGGCCAACUGCCUCUCCAAAUUUAUCACGCUGACGCAUCUGUGCAUGAGUGAAGAGAACAAGAAGAGUCUCCUUUUUUAUGUGUUGCCCUAUGUGGAGGGCGGGAGAAAUGACGUUGGCAAGUUGAGAAGCCUUUUAGUGUGUACCGAAGUUCCUUCACUCGGUGCAGCAGAGGCGAAGGAUGAGUGUACGGCCGCUGGGGAAAGCACAAGUAUAUGUGAAGAUGCACAGCGGACAAGUAACGCUUACUGUGAAAAAAAAAAGUCUGAUGAGACCCACUCUGAAAAAAACCCAUCUGGUGACAACCUCCUACGCACCCAUCAAAACGUGCAGCACAUGGAAAAACGCAUCGCAGACGUAUUAGCCACAUUCGAGGAAAAAAAAAUUUUUCCCAUCGAUAGUAAGCAAAUGUAUGAACUGCUACAGGAACUGCGACACGAGCAUGUGAGGGGGGGCCUCCUACUUAGGAAGGAGAACCAGAUUUUGAGAAACAAAUUAAAUUAUAUCUUGCUCAAUUUUGACUCGUUCAUUAAGGCACAUAUUACCCAAGUAGUUGCAGAGCAGGAAUGGGUUUUUGCCCACCAUGAUGAGGGGGAAUUAGCUGAGAUGGGCAAAGGUGGCCAGCGUGUUGAACUCCCUCCUGCUGUUCAAAGGCCUAGAGAAGAUACCGCAGAGGGAGACAACUCCAUUGGGGAGGUAGUACUCGCAAAAGAUGUUCACGAGACACCUGCGGGAGAAGAUCAAACAGAUGAACAACCCAAACUAGGACUCUACUUCGACUAUGGACACGUCAGUGCCAAAAAUGAAUAUUUCCGACAGCUACAAAAGUACGAACGUGAAGAUUACCAAAAAAUUAACAACGUUCUUAUAAACACGUACCUUUGUAAUCCGUACGUAUGCUCCAAGAGCAAAGAGGUUGUUUUGUCCAGUGGUAAAUCUCCUAAGAAGAUAAUUAUUUUGCCACAGGACACGUAUCGAAAUAUACACAAGUUGGUCGUCGCUGGGAAGAGCGGCGAGGGGUUGAAACUGCUGAGGCGUGUCCACAAUUCGGUGAACCUAUUCUUUAUCCGGGUGAAGUUUUUUUUCAGCAGAUUAAGUUAA